AUGGAUUAAAAUGAAAAAGUGAGCUAUGAAAAGCUUAUUUAGUAGUAUAUUGAGGACUAAAAGUUGCCAGAUUUGUUUGAAUCAUAUACAAAGUAGUUAAUUUUAAACCAACCAGCAGAUCCAAUCCAAUUUUUAAUUGAUCACAUAUCUUCUAAACGUAGCUAAAGAUUAAUAUUUUUUACAGGUUCCACUAAAGAAAAAAGAAAAGAAGUAGUUGAUUAAAUAGCAAAUGCAUUCAACUAUGAAGUCAUCAAUCUAGAAGAUGAUGAAUAAUUGAAAUCUAAGAAAAGUGAAAUAGUAAAUUAAAAUGUUAAAACCUUAAUCUCUAAGGUUGAAAAACAUUUUAGAGGAGUGAUUGUAAAUGGAUACCCUUAUGAUUUUGAGACAGCAAUAUUUGCUCAGUAAAAUGGAAUAAUACCAGAUAGAAUUUUUGUUUUUAACAGCUCGUAAGAUGAUUUAAAAGCUCACUAUAGCUAAGUUUAUAAGGAUAAUCUCGAAUUAGUAGAAAGAGCUAUCACAAGAGAUAGUCUUAAUUAAAAGGAAAUCAGAUAAAUGUAUAAUGGAUUCCAUGACUACUUCAACGUAUCUAAUAUAACUAAAUAAGAAUUAACUGAAAACAUCAAGUCUAUUCUCAAACUAAAAGAUAAAAGGAUAGUUCCAUUAAGAUCUCCUAGAGUUUUAAUUAUAAGACCUCCUCACCUUCGUCAAAGAGCCCAUUAAUUAUAUUAAUAAAUAGCUCAAAAAUAUGGAUUUAAUGCUGUUUCUAUUUAUGAAUUACUUGACAAGCACAUCUAAUAAAAAACUCAUAUUGGAAAAUUUGUCUAUCAAGCAAUGAAAAAUCAUUCUAAAAUACCUGAUGAAAUUAUUAUCGGAUUGUUAAGGGCUUAGAUAUUAAACACAUCUUCAAAGCAAAGAGGUUAUGUUGUUGAGGGAUUCCCAAAAUGUUAAAGUUAACUAAAGUCCAUUCAAAAUUAUGCUAUAAACCCCCACUUUAUAAUUAUAUUAGACGAUGAAGAUGAAAAUUUACUGAACUAAUAUAAAUUAUUAAAGGUGGAUCCUGAAACUGGCCGCUAUUAUGAAGCAAACGACUCUUCAUUAACAAAUUAAGUUAGUCACAGGUUAAAAGCAUAAUAAAAAUAAGACUAAUAGUGGAUAGAUGAAAUUGUGAGUUAUAAAGAACUAAUCGGUGAAGCAGAGAAGUAAUUUGGAGAAAUAGCAUAAAGAUAUAAAUUAAAUGUCGAUUCUAAUGAGAAAAUUAUUAAAUCUGUGGAUGUUUUCUUAAAUAACCCUAAAAUAUAUUCUUGA